AGCGAAGCGGGGCGAGCGAGCUGCCGGGCCGGCGCGCGGCCGGAGCCGAGAAGGGAGGCGCGGGUGGGCAUGGCCGAGCUCAAGUCGCUAUCGGCGGACGCGUACCUGGCGCUGAGCCCCAGCUACGCGGCGGCUCGGGGGCCCGAGGCGGCCCGCGACUACUGCGCGCCGGGCCCGGGCGGCGACCUCCCCUUGGCUCCCCCGUCCCGCGCCCCGGAAAGCAGCGGCGAGCAGAGCUGCGACGAGGACGACGCCUUCGAGCGGCGGCGGCGGCGGCGCGGGCCCGGGGGCGUGGUGGACGGGCGGCGGCGGCCGCGGGAGCAGCGCUCGCUGCGGCUUAGCAUCAACGCGCGCGAGCGGCGGCGCAUGCACGACCUGAACGACGCGCUGGACGGGCUGCGCGCCGUCAUCCCCUACGCGCACAGCCCGUCGGUGCGUAAGCUCUCCAAGAUCGCCACGCUGCUGCUGGCCAAGAACUACAUCCUCAUGCAGGCGCAGGCCCUGGACGAGAUGCGGCGCCUCGUGGCCUACCUCAACCAGGGCCAGGGCCUGGCAGCGCCCGUGGCCCCGGCGCCGCUGACACCCUUCGGCCCGACCGCCGCGUACCCCUUCUCGGCUGGCGCCGCCCUGGGGCCCUGCCCGGACAAGUGCGCCGCGUUCUGCAAGCACUGCGGCGAGAAGCCGUGAGCGCCACCCGCCGGCCGCCCGUGACUCCCCGCUUGCGCGGGUGCGGGCCCGCCGCCGACCGCCGCGGCACGGUGGGGCGCGGGGCGGAGCUGGGAUCCCCCGAGAGCGUCGUCGGGCGGGCCACGGUGGCGGGAGGCGCCGGGCUCCCUCCGAUCGCUUCCCAGAGCGGCCGCCGCGGGGCCGGGCGCAGACGGAGUCCCUGGGCCCUUGAGUGAGCGGCCGGCCCGGGGGCUGCGGCGGCUCAGGCCGGCCCCAGCCCCCCCAGCCGCACCUUCCUGCCGGGCGGACGCGGAGCUGGAGGCGAACUCCGGAAACGCCGGGCGGGGCGCGAGUUGCCCGAGCCCGCGCUUGUUUAUCCUCGUCGGGCUGGAGGCUCGGUGAAGCCUGCGGUGGACCCUAAAGCCCCGGACUCCCCGCCGGCCUGGCCGGAGCCGGCCUGGCGCCCCCGCCCGCACUCAUCCGGACGACCCGCGGAGGGCGCUUCCGGUCGAGACUAGCGCCGCAACUCCGAAGGCCCCCGAGCGAGGCCGAGGCCGAGGCCGAGGCCGGGCUGGGCUGGGAACGUUAAUAGAAGAGGCGCCUCUUCAUAAAGGACACAUACUGUUUUCCUAAAGGGUUGGGUAAAAUGCACAAACCAUCCCAGCCCCAAAGCCAGCACGGCCGCUCCAUCAGCUGUUUGAAAGAACUCCGAGUGUAACCAAGUAGCAGCUUCUAAGCCUUGCUUAAUCUGGCACAGAAUGAUUACAGCAAUUUUGUAAUGUAAAUUUGUUUGUGAUAUGUUUUUAGUCUAAUCACUUUGGCAUCCCAUUUGAAGGGAUGGAGAUAGAGGGAUUUGCAAUGUAUUAAGUCAUUCUCUAACAAUUGUCUCUUCGGACUUGGAGCCCUGGCCACGGGGCUCCAAUAUCCCAGGGAAAGUCUGUUCCAUGUAGUCAAAGUUAAUACACAUUUGCGAAUUUAACCCCAAAGGAAUAAAACCCAUUUACCAUGAAUGCAGAAAGGUUCAAAUGAUUAGCAAAACGACCUUUCGUGGCAGCUCUUCCCUGUGGUAGAAAGUGAUUUGUGCUGGUCCUUUGCAGUCUGAAGUGCCCCAGGUAUAUUUCCCCGUGUAAUGGAGAGAGGCUGCUGUUGAGCAGCCCUCUGAGUGAGAUCAGAAAUAUUCCUGAAGCUAACGUAAAGCAGAGGAGCACUUGUGAGGUGCACACACUGAAAAGGUCCCUGAACAAACUGCACUGCCUGUGUCCCUGGCUCUUUCAUCCAUGCUUGCGGCUGUGGUUCAGCGUCCCUGGACGUCCCAGGGAAGCGUGCCCGGCUUGUGAGAGCCAGAGCACAGGCUGCCUCCCUGGUCCAGCAGCCACAGCCUGCACCUCUGAGAGGCACAGCUAUCAGAACGCAGGCUGAGCCAGGCACGGUGCACCCGCCCCUAGCUUCUUUCCGCCAAACACUCAGCCACCUGGC